AUGGACUCGCUGGAUGUGUAUUACAACGGAAGCUUUGAGCCACAGAACAAUAAUGAAGUGGAGAGAGAACCGCCGGCGUGUCUGUAUUCGCGGUGCACGGAGCAGGUGCCAUAUUUAGAGUUGCAUAAUAACACGGCACUUGGGAAUCAGGAAAGGGAGUUGGCACCCUACGAGCUGCCAUCCUGUCAGCAUGCUCCCUCACCCGGCUAUCUCCAGCCGGAAGCCCCACAGAUUGAUGCCUACCACCCGAGGACUGAUGAGACAACGGCACACUUGGCUUUUCCUUGGAUGAGAGCUUCAAGAUCUCAAAUCUGUCAGAAUUCCAUGACAGGGGGGUUUCUGUGUGAAGACCUGGAUGAGCAGAAGCGAAGCCGCACAGCCUACAGUAGAUCACAGCUGCUGGAGCUGGAGAAAGAGUUCCUGUUUAACCGCUACAUUUCUAGACCACGCAGAUACGAGCUGUCCACUAGCCUGAACCUCACUGAGCGCCACAUUAAAAUCUGGUUUCAGAACAGACGCAUGAAGUGGAAAAAGGAAGAAGCAAAGAAACACAGAGGAGCACGGAACCAAGAGCUCGAUGAACAAGAUCCCAACUCAAGUGUAGCACCCGGGGUCUGACCUUUAUUUAAGAAGGUUUAAAUAUAUUACAAUGUAAUGUUUUUUAAUGAGCCUAAACGGCAUGGAGACAGAGCAACUGGAAUGAGAUAACACACAACAAAAUUUCCCACAGAAUAUGUUCAAUGGUUUAAUGUUGGAUGAAUUAAUUUCUGUCCAUUCAAACAUAGCUUUAUGGUUAAAGUUGUUAAAAGUUGUGGACAUCUGACCGUCACACUUACACUCCGAUCAGCCACAAGACUAACACCACUGCCAGGUGAAUUUAAUAACAAUA